GAGUAAUGAGAAACACAGACACAUGGGCUCGAUGAGCACAAGGUUGACAUUUGUUGUUUUUUGCUCCUUUUGAGUUUAUGAUUAAUUUGUUCAAGCUCCUUUGAAUCUGGACAUCUUACUCAGUCCUAUAACACUAUAUCUGCCUACCACUGACAGAAAACCUGGUGAAGUGUUUUGUUUUUUUCAGUACUACAGGAGACAUCUUCACUGUUUGUGUCAGACUGUGGCCGUGUCAGCUGACAGACUGAACAGCAUGUCAAAAGAAGAAAAGCCAGAAAGUAUGUCGUUGUAUCCUCUGGGCACAGCAGCUGCCCCUGAGCCGGAGCUCCUGUGUAUCUUUGGGACGGGGGACUUAGGGCGCUCUCUGGGCCAACGUCUGCUCCAGUCGGGCUACAAGGUGGUGUAUGGCAGCCGCAGACCUCACAGCUGUGGCCCUGUGCCUCAGGGAGCUCAGGUGAUGAGCCACACAGCUGCAGCCCAGUCAGCCAGUGUGGUCUUCAUAUGCAUUCAAAGAGAACACUAUGGCUUCCUGGAGCAACUUGCACCUCAGCUUAAGAGGAAGGUGCUCGUGGACGUAAGCAACAACCUCAGGAAGAAUCUAUACCCAGAGGCUAAUGCUGAGUAUCUGCAGAGGUUGACCCCUGAAGCUUAUGUGGUGAAAGCUUUUAACACACUGUCUGCCUGGGCACUGCAGAAUGGACCCUCAGAUUCCAACAGACAGGUGUACCUGUGUGGGAACAGCACUGAAGCAAAGGAAGCAGUAACAGAGAUAGCCACCAGGCUGGGUUUCAGUGUCCAGGACAGGGGCUCUCUGUCUGCAGCCAGAGAGCUGGAGGACUUCCCCCUGCAGCUGUUCCCACUGUGGAGGCUGCCGCUGCGCCUGGCCUUUGGCCUCACUGCCUUCUUCUUCUUCUAUCUGCUCACUAGAGAUGUCAUCUACACGUAUGCUACUCAGAAGAAAGACAUCUCCUUCAGAAUCAUGGUGUCCCUGGCAAACAAGGUGUUUCCAAUUGUGUCACUCAUCAUGCUAGCUCUGUGUUACCUACCUGGUGUUAUCGCUGCCGUCUUCCAGCUCUACAGAGGAACUAAGUACAGGCGCUUCCCCGACUGGUUGGAUCGCUGGAUGCUGUGCAGGAAACAGCUGGGACUUCUAGCACUUGCUUUUGCUUUUUUGCAUGUGCUCUAUACACUCAUCAUCCCCAUUCGAUAUUAUGUGAGAUACAAGAUUGCUGCAAGUACCAUCGCAAAGAUGAAGGAGAACCAAACAUCAGAAUUAGACACCACUAUAGCCUGGCGUAGUGACUCUUACUACUCCAUGGGGAUUCUGGGAUUUGGCCUGUAUGUCCUCCUGGGAAUCACGUCUCUCCCCUCUGUCAGCAACGCCCUCAGCUGGAGAGAGUUCAGCUUCAUACAGUCCAAGCUGGGCUACCUGACAUUGUUCUUCUGCACAUUUCAUACCUACCUGUAUGGCUGGGAUAUGUUUCUGCGUUCCUCCUACUACAAAUGGUACACUCCUCCGGGGUACAUGCUUUCCCUGUUGGUACCCUCUGUGGUGCUGGUACUGAAGCUGCUGCUCCUCCUGCCAUGUGUGGACCGCAGCCUUACCCGCAUUAGACAGGGCUGGGAAAGGACUGAGCCACAGGACGACAGCCAGAAAUCACUCAUUACGUAGGACCCUUACAACACAGAAGACAGAAGUAUGCGCAGAAAACAGAGAAAACUACAACAAAGUGACUUGUCCUUCUACAGCUCUAUCAUCAAGUAACCAUAGUAAAUGUCACAGAACUUAGACUGUAUGACUAAUGCAUUUAUUGUUCCACUUCAACAAACUGCUUGAAAGAUCCGUCUAUUUUUGUAUGCUGAAAAUGUUCCAUUUUGUACAAAUAGUUCCACACACAAUAAAAAGCAACAGAUGUAUAAAAGAUCGAAUCUACUUUGACACAAAAAGCUUGGAUCUAGGAAAUUCGCCUUAUCUUUUAUGAAGACAAACCUUUGUAAGUAUUCUAGUUUUAAGAAAUAUCGAACUUUGCCUAAAAAAAAAAUUCUACACUGUUUUUUACCUCUUCUCAUGAAAUGACUGUGACAAUGUGAUUUAUUCCUGAUAGAUAAAGUGUAACUGGGACUCAGUAUGAAAUCCUUACACCUGGUCAAAGGAGAUUACUGAUGUGUAUAUAUAUGAAUAAAUAGAGGAAUGUGUCUGAAAACAAAACUAUUCCUACAGUGUUGCUAAUAUUGUGCAACAUUUAACCAUGAUUGUUGCCAUUAUUUGAAGAUUAAUAGCACUUCCACAACUUAACUGAAAAAUAUUAAAUCUAUUAGCAGCAUUAACUAACAUUUUGACUUUUUUUUUUAACUAUUAUGGUCUUCUAGUGAUGGCUAGAUUGUUAUUACAGUUUCAUGAAAUCUAGCUAAACAAAAUUGUUUCAGUAAAUUUUGCUUUGAAAUAUAAGUGAAAAAAAAAAACAAAACAAAACACCAAAAUUGGAAAAUACAGACCUUUUUGUCUGUGCCUCUGUUCUCUCUGUCCUAAAACAAGACUAAAUGUAAAGACAAGAUCAUAUGACCUGGUUUCACAACGCUGUGGAAAAGUGAAGCCAAAAUAUCACAGUUGAGGGAGCUGUUGUGUUGGUUCAGUGUUGAGCUGCAUGGUACGGCGGUAGAGUCUACUAUUUCUGACAUAAGCAAUUAAAAGCCAUCAGUCCCAUAUUUAAGGCCCCCACCUCUGUGAACCACCCAUGAUAUGACAAAGUGUUGCAGGUAGGUUUUGUAAAGCCUGAAACCAAACCCAAGAGGAAGUUGAAAGGUAAUUGUGUUUAUUGUGCACUGAAACUUUAAUACUAGACGACCAUGUACAUCUAAUAUUCUCGUAGACUUCCACAUGAAGACAAAAUGGCCCUUUCUUGUGAUUCCAACAGUGACUGUGAGUUUCUGACCGACUUUUAUGGCUUGGUUUUCUUUUGUACAGACUUUUUUUUCUUACUGUGUCUCUAUACAAAAUUUGUCUUGUAAAGCAGAAUGCAAAAUCAUUUCAGAAUAAAGCUAAGUAUGGUGUGAAUGA